CUAAAAUACAUCUACAUUGUCUUAUAUCCUCAUUCAGUCAUCCUCUACUGCACUUUCAGAUGGAAAAAUCCGCUUCUCCCAACCAGCAAAUCACUUCCGACGAGAAGGUUCAACAAACCACGAUUGCUACGACCUCUAUCUCCUCUUCUCCCUUGGAAGUUUUCAUUCUCAACUCUUCAGAGGAAUCCGAUUCUGAAUCUUCAGACAAGAACUUUUUCAUGGCUUCUCUUUCUCAACUACUUCCCAUCAAGAGAGGGCUUUCCAAGUACUACGAAGAGAUGUCACGAAGCUUCUUUUCAUUAUCAGAGGUCAAAACUGUGGAAGACAUUCCUAAACCCGAGCAUCCCUUCAAUAAAAAAUUGAGGAUGAAGAGACGACUGAAGAAAUUAAUCAAGACUCGAGCAUGCUAUGUUCGCAGCAGACUUUAGAUUCCAGCACCCAGAAAGCAUACAACUGAAGUCACAAUAAUGUUGCCAUGUUUCCUUGGUUCCACCAACGAUUUAUUCAUUUGUUUUCUUGUUAGACAAUUAGGGGUUCUUUUUUAUGGUUUUCUUCUUACCCGUAGGUUGGAUAAACAUAAAAUUGUUGAAUUCAG